UGGCGCGAGGUGGUCCCGGGCCCGCGACUCGGAGCGUGACCUCGGCGGGUCUUGCCCCUUCCGCAGGUGACCCCAGCCAAAACUCUCCGUCCGCAGCCCCUGAAGGGCCCCGGGGCCCACCUUGAAUAGGCAGCGGCGGAUCCAUGGAGAACGGCCCGGUGCGGGCGCCGGUGGAGAAGCUGCCGGGCGCCAGGUGCAUCAAUGGGUCCCCCGAGCGGGAGCCGCCGCGUCCCGGGCCCAGCCGGUCGGCAGAGAGGGCCUCGCGGCCCGAGACCACGAGCGCCCCGCCGGCGGACAGCUGGAAGGGCGAGCGGCCCCGCAGCGAGGAAGAUAACGAGCUGAACCUGCCCAGCUUGGCGGCCGCCUACUCGUCCAUCCUGAGCGCUCUGGGCGAGGACCCCCAGCGGCAAGGGCUGCUCAAGACGCCCUGGAGGGCGGCCACGGCCAUGCAGUUCUUCACCAAGGGCUACCAGGAAACCAUCUCAGGUGUCCUCAACGACGCUGUCUUUGAUGAAGACCACGACGAGAUGGUGAUCGUGAAGGACAUCGACAUGUUCUCCAUGUGCGAGCACCACUUGGUCCCCUUUGUCGGAAAGGUCCAUAUUGGUUAUCUUCCCAACAAGCAAGUCCUGGGCCUCAGCAAACUUGCAAGGAUUGUAGAAAUCUACAGUAGACGACUACAAGUUCAGGAGCGCCUCACCAAGCAAAUCGCUGUGGCCAUCACAGAAGCCCUGCGGCCCGCGGGAGUCGGCGUAGUGGUGGAAGCCACACACAUGUGCAUGGUCAUGCGAGGUGUGCAGAAAAUGAACAGCAAAACUGUGACCAGCACCAUGUUGGGGGUGUUCCGAGAAGACCCGAAAACUCGGGAAGAGUUUCUGACACUCAUUCGGAGCUGAGUGCCGGGGCGCAGGGCGGGGCUGCAGCCUGUCCAGGGUGCAGGGCGGAGCUGCAGCCUCCCUGCUGGCAGCAUCGUCUGUCAUGUUUGUACGUCCCAUUGUCAGUUGUUACAGAUGUGAACUUUAUUCUUCGUCACAAAUGUAUUUUAAAAUUAUUUAUAGAAAGCCAAAUAAAAAUAAUUAACAAA